AUGAGAACGGUUGCAGACUCUGAUAGUGCUACAUCAGAGAUUGAUGUUGAGAAUUCGUAUAACACUGACAACGAAGUGGAAACUGAUUCUGCGUCAGAGAGUGAUUCUGAUAAUGUAGAUGAUACUAGUAGUGAAGUAGGUGAUGAAUACGAAAGCGAUCCAUGGGCUCCUUUAAAAGCUGAAGCAACCCAACAAAGUUUAUCGGAAUUCGACAAGGACAAGGCAUAUUUACUUAUCCUACCAAAACUUCGCAAAGAUUUGCUGAAUAUUUAUUUGGAACGUCUGCUAUGGAGAACACAACUAAAGAGAGAUCCAAUACACAAAAAGAUAAUGGAAACCAGGGAUGUCUUUGUCAACGAUGAUAAUUUCGACCACAGGGAAGCGUUAGAGGCCGCUAUUGACAAGAGAAAAUUUCGUUUGGAAAGACUUUUCAGAAACACACGGUAUCCUAGUGACAUUGACUCUUGAUGGUUGUUUGUGUUUGAUUUAUAAAAGUAAAAUAAAAUACGAUACUGUGUGGUAGCUAUUUUCCCCUAACCCAUUUCUCUAACCCUCUCCCAAGUCCCGGCAAACCUUCAAAAAGGCCUUUGGGGCCACAACUAUUUAAUGUUAGGAAUCAGUUAACAUUUAUCAUUUGACAUUAUGUCUCGGAAGUGUAAAAAUUGUCCCAUCUGCAGCAAGCGAGCUUUAAAAAGAUUGGCAAACCAUUUGGCAGACGUCCAUGAACUUUCGUCCCAAGAAAGACAACCUUAUCUUAUUCGUGCUAAGCCAACAACUUUAGACUUAGAAAAUGUUUUAACAGAGUUGUACAGAUUAAUUGGGAAGAGUAAAAAGCAGUCAAAGUGGAAUAAAAGCGGGAUAAAGAAUAUACUCAUUCGUCAACCAAAAUCCUCCAGGAAGAGAACAAAAUCAAAUACAAAAUCUGCAAAGAAUGUGAACAAUACAGAAAUGAAUGAUGGCUCGAAGGAGUGGUUAAAGUUAGAAACAGAAACGGGACAAAACUCUUAA